AUGGCUCCCCAAACGACCGCGUCAUGCACCGGAUCCACUCUGCUCCAGCCCGUCAGCGAAAUCAUAAACCUCCCCGUCGACCAGGUUAACUUUGUGGCGUGUCAGCUGUUUGCCCUACUGAUGGCCGUGGGGUUUCGCAUCUACCUCCACCCCACUAAAACCAGUCCCUUUGUCAGGCAUGUGGUGGCAACUCUGUUGGGCCUGUACUUGGCUCUCUUCUGCUUUGGCUGGUAUUCCCUUCAUUUCCUGAUACAGAGCGGCCUGUCCUACGGUGUGAUGAUUUUUGCCAGUUUGGAGCACAUGCACAAGUACUGUUUCGUCGUGACACUUGGUUAUCUGAUCCUGUGUCAAAUCACAAGAGUCUACGUUUUCGACUACGGCAUGUACUCUGCAGACUUUACAGGGCCCAUGAUGGUCAUAACACAGAAGAUUACCAGCAUGGCAUUUGAAAUACAUGAUGGUUUAAGCAAGCGAGAAGCGCAGCUGACUCCCAGUCAGAAAUACCUAGCUAUCAGCCGUAUGCCUAGUUUGUUGGAGUACCUGAGCUACAACUGUAACUUCAUGGGCAUCUUGGCGGGCCCCACGUGCUCCUACAACGACUACAUAGCCUUCAUUGAAGGGAGGUCCUAUCAGCCGCGGCACCAGGAGAACGCCAACGGCAAGGAGAACGGAAAGUGUACGCACAGUGAACCCUCACCAAAGAAUGCUGUCAUCUCCAAGCUGUGCACGUGUGCCCUCUGUCUGGCCAUCUAUCUGUCCCUGUACAAGCUGCUCCCGGUGGACUACUCCAUAAACAAUGACUUUGUCAGAACUGCACCUGCUUAUCUCCAGGUCAUCUACCUUUACCUGGCAAUGCUGGCUUUGAGGCCAAAGUACUACUUUGUCUGGACUCUGGCUGAUGCCAUCAACAACGCUGCAGGAUUUGGUUUCAAUGGAUACAACUCGGACGGCUCCCCACGAUGGGACCUGAUCUCAAACCUCAGAAUUCUGGACAUUGAGCUUGCCACAAGUUUCAAGCUGUUUCUAGACAACUGGAACAUUCAAACAAGUCACUGGCUGAAAAGGGUGUGCUACGAGCGCUUUCCCGUCAACCCCACAGCAGCCACUUUCUUCCUGUCGGCCUUGUGGCAUGGGGUGUACCCCGGCUAUUACCUAACCUUCGUCACAGGCACCAGCAUGACGAUGGCUGCACGUGCAGUAAGGCACAACAUCAGGCCGUACUUUUUGGCCUCCGACUCACUCAAGUGCUUCUAUGACGUCAUCACGUGGGCGUCCACGCAGGUUGCCAUCAGUUACACGGUGGCGCCGUUUGUUUUACUCGCCGUAGAACCCUCGCUCAAAUUCUACAGGUCCUGGUACUUUUCGUUGCACCUCUUGUGUCUGCUCAUCAUGCUGGUCCUACCUGUCAAAUCGAGGCGCGGGCAGACAAAAGAGCAGCAGAACAACCUGCAGGAGGACAUCGCACAGCUCAACCUGAUGGAUCACAACAGCACAGACAGCAACUGCAACCAGAAAGACAAGACCACAUGAGGCCUGAGACGGUGUUGACGACGGGGACUAUAACACGGAUGGAUAGAGCGUGUCAGAACUGUUUACCUGACAAAGAACCAAAAAAAACCAAAAACAUAAACCCUGUCUAAACGCCCAGUAGCAAGGAUGACCGCAUCAGACAUGAAUAUAAACAAAGAUGGAGCAUC